CUUCCUAUGUCACUGAGUUACCCAGGCUGGGCUCCAAUUUGAGAUCCUCCUGCCUCAGCCUCCCAAAGCACUGGGACUACAAGUAUGGACGAUCAUGCCCAGCCUCUAUUUUUUCAAAAGUAGCUACUGGAAUAUUUGAAGUUGCACGUAAAGCUCAGCUCAGCUCAGGUUGGAUCUCUAGCUGAGGCCUUGAGCCCCCAGGUCUGCAUUUGGGUCUGAGGGACAGAAUCUGCUCCAGGCAUUUUUGGUUUUGAAAACUGUGCGGGGUUUUGCGCACUUUAGAGCAGCCCUGCUCCACAUAAAGGCAGAAUGUGCAGCUUCCCCCGAGACUCGCGGCCCCUCCCUCUCGUGGUUUGCAGGGCGGAGGGCAGGUGGGGCGGGAUCCAGGCCUCACACUGUGGCUGCUUCCCAGGCUGUCUGGGUCAGGAGGUGGAUGGAGCCAGGUUGCCGGGCGAUGGCCUAGUUACACCCGCCUCAGUUUCCCUGUGUAGGUGGCGAGCAUAAUUAUAUGUGCCAACAGGAGGUGGAUAAUCGCCAAGUGGGAGCUGGGCGGAGGCCGUGAAGGUGGCUGUCGCUGGCCAAGGCGACCCAGAGGACAAAAUGGAGUGGCUGCCGGCCGGGACCCGAAGUUUCCCCAGGACACUGGGGGUGGGGUAGGGUGGGGGCUCUGCAGACUCCAUCCCUGAGGCGCAGGACAUGUGCAGGUGUCAUGCAGCGGAGGCCUGGGAGGGGCCUGCCAGGGUCUCCAGCCGGCCUCGCACUCUCCUGGGUCCCUGGCUUGUCCCCGUUAGGGUAACUAGGGUGACCAGCGACUUCCAUGGCGGCAGGAGGGUCACCUUGGACACAGAGCUUCACAGCCCCAUCCCGGGGGACACAGGGAAGCACGGUGCUGUGGCUGGCAGAGCCACCCUUGGGCCCCUGAGCCUCCCGUGGGAGCCGAGCCUUCCUGGUGGCGGCUUUCUUACUGUGGAGGGCGGUGGUGGUGGUGAGGCUGUGGGGGAUGGCGUGGUUUCUCGGCCGGGGUCCCGGGUGCCCUUCCCGUGCGCUGCCCCCAUGACUCAGCACCCAGCCCCAGCUCUCCCAGACGCACCCACCCCUCGUGCAGGGGGAAAGGGUUUUCCCUGGGCCGCUGUGUCCGGCUCAGCUCCCGGAACGCUGACCGUGGCCUUCACUGGCUGCAGGAAACAUGGGGAGCGUGGUUACAACAGACACCAAGCCCUGCGUCCCCCAGGGCCAUCCCUGUCCUCCACGCCUGCCUGCUGGAGCCGUGGUCUGCAGCAGCAUUGGAGACACUGCUCUGGGUCACACGGAGCCUCUGAGGGUAGCAGAUGGUGCCACACCAGGGUUGACGCAGCAGGGGCCUGCCCUUCACCUGAACCCCAAGCCCGGAGGCAGGACACCAGCUCCCCUGGUCACGGAAUGCACGUGCGCUCAUCACGUGGAGGGUACAAAGCUGGCAAGACCAGCGGAGAUGGCAGUGACACCCGAGCCCCCUCCCUGCGAGCCAGGUCCUCAGGAUGCAUCUCAGAGAGGCCGGCAGCACGCGUGUGCGGAGCGGACGGGUCCCGUGGUUGCUCUCCUGUCACUUCAGGCGUGGGGAGGACCCUGGUCUUGAAAUCCCCCAGAUCCCGUUGCGGCCAGCCUCCCCUCGCACCGUGACCCUUCCCGGUCUGGCAUCGGCAACCCUCCAUCAGGCCUCGCGCUGGUUUCCGGUUGUUUCCCGGUUGUGUCCCGCUCCUCCCUUCCUUUGGGGGGCAUUUCCUGUCUUCAGAGCACCCCCAGAAGGCCGUGUGUCUUCGGUUCUGCUCCUUUGCACUCAGGGCCCGGCUUUGGGCUCGGGUGUGUCAGGUGUGUCAGGUGUGUCACACACACACAGACUCGGUUCAGGCACAGUGGGAGCUGGCGGCCCAUCCCGUUCCUGGGUUGGGCUCAGAGUGUGGGAGGGUGGGCUCCCCACCUCCGCAGUCCCCGUCUGGAUGGACAGGUUUCUGGGAGGCCGGGUGGGGCAGAGAGGCAGGAUGCUUUCCCAAGGGCCAGCGGCGCCUGUGUGUGGAGAGGCUCUUGUCCUCCGCAGCCGGGUCUGGCGGCCGAGGGAGCGCACCCUGGGCACGGUGCCCCCGCCCUGCCUCCGCGCCUGCGCCCGCUAAUUCCUCGCUGUGCUCAGUGUUUGCGUUGCCUUUAUUCUGCCUGCCCGGCUCCCUCUUCUCAGAGUCGGCGUUUUACAGCUGCGUUCACCACAAACACGACUGGGAACAGCCCGCGCCCCUCCCCGGGGCUCAGCAGGAGGGUCGAGGGGCCCAGGAGCCCAGCGCUCCCGCGACGCAGGUCCCCCAGCCUCCUGCAGGGCCGGAGCCGCUCUGCUGGGACUUCUGUCCGCACGCGCUUUCCCUUGGCGCUCCAAGGCUGGGGCCUGGCCCCUCUGCAGCUCUGUGACGGCGAAGCUGGUGGCCUCCCCGGGUGCCCCCUUCCUCCCAGAGCCCCAGGGUGAGCGUGGGCCAGUCCGCCUGGCCUGGCUGGGAUGCUGGGGUGGCACCGCCCUUGGGUUGGCCCCUGCAGUGGUAAAGGGGCCGCCCGCGACCUGGGUGGGCCUCACCUUGGGAGGGCCCGGGGCCCGGCUGUCUCCCUGCUGCAGUCAGCCUGAGGCCUCCAACGCAGCAAAUACGCAGCCUGCGGUGUGCACGCCUGCCAGCCGCUGUGCACCACUUGCUGUGCGCUGCCUGCCCUCUGCCUCCGCGUCUACUCUCGGACCUGUUCAUCAUCUACCUACUCUAUCUGACCUCUACUUCCACAGCUACACAACUGUCAUCUGUGUAUGAUCUAUCUAUACGUAGACACAGCUAUCUAAAAGUCCACCCACAUGCUUAGGUGUGUCUAUCUACCUACUUACGUGUCUAAGUCCCUGUGUAUGUGUGCAUCUAUCUAUCUCUACCUACUGGUGUCCACAUACCUAUCUCUGUGUCUGUCUGUCCAUCUGUGUAUUUUCCUAUCCCUCUACCAAGCUCCCUGUCUGUGUAUCUCUCUCUGUCUCCACACCUGUGCACCACCCCCGCCCCCUUGUCUCUGACCCUGCUGAUGACCUCCCCGAGGUCUGGCCCCCCUGCACAGGUGGCAGUGGGAAUCACCGGGUCCCCCUCCCUCUGUGUGAGCACCUGGCACUGUCCAGAUGUGUGGGUGAGGGGACACUGCACCCUGGAUCUCCUCACCUGGGGACCACCGUCAUGGGUCCAGGACGUCUCUGUGGCCCUGGGCUGCUGUGGGACCCCUGCCUGGCCCCCCCUCGCUGGGCCACACUGCGGCUCCCUUGCUCUUUCUUGGGGCUGUCUGCUUUCCUUCAGCUCUCCCAAGGGACAUGGAGCCCGGCACCUGUACGCACACGCCUGCAGCUGUGAGUGGAGCGCAGCCCGCAGGACCAGUGGAGGGGCUGAGCGCAGGGUCCACAGCGACCCCUCACUGGCCCUGAGGCCUCCUGAGAACCAUGACUGAGUCCUCCUGGGUCGGCUGCUGUCCACGUGGCCUCCAUGAACUCUCAGGAUGCCUUGCUAGGUGCCCAGGCCAAGCCGAGGGGGAACAGGGAGCCGACGUGCACGUGGGUGUCCUGGCUUCGCUGCUCACCUGCACACCGCAAUCCCGGGAGGGCCGUAUGGGACCCGGGACCCCUGCCCUGGAGGCUGCUCUCAGAUUUCUGCAUCUGGCCCGGGGAUGUGGCACCAGCUGUGGCCGGCCGAGCCUGACCGCAGUCUGGACCCUGCUGGCUCCCACAGCCUUCAGGGCUGGCGGUCUUCCCUCGCUGUGCCCACAGCCGUGCCAGCGGCACACGGCAGCCGGGCCACCCCGAGGACGAAGAUGACGCACAUGAACUGGGCGACCUCACAGGAACAGACCCUGCGGCGGCGGAGCCGGGCGGCCUGCUCCCCGUGAGGCUCCGGGGAGGCCCUUGUGCCCGUCCCUGGCUGCUGGCUUGUGGCUGUGUCCUCCCGUCCCUCCCUGAGAGUCUGUGGAACUUUCACGAGCAGCACAAGGUCAUCCCACUCCCCUCACCUGUGACCAGCAGCACUGUCUCCGCCGGAAGCCACCCCUGCAGGUCCCUGGGCUCCCUAGGACGUGGGUGUUGGGGGCACAGUUCAGCCCAUGACACGUCACAUCUCCUUGGAUGGUGACAAGUGUGGGCUUCUUAGUCCUACUGGAAAACCGGACAGAGGCCGCAAGGGCAGGAGGCAAGAAGGUCGGAUGCCGAGAGCCGGUGUCUUCGCCCUCGGGGCAGAGGCAGCACGGCGGCUGUGUGGGACACAGUCGGCUGCCCGGGGCAGGGGCCAGGGUGGCAGAGCCGCCCCUAAUCCCGGAGGCCAGGAUGGAGGGGGCGUCCCUGUUUCAGCCUCAUUUGGAAACGGAGCCGGAGGGCUCCAGGCAGCUGAGACUCCGCGGGCCCCGCUGCACUCGAGGGUCUCUUUGUUUCUCCUCCAACUCAUGAUAAAAGGGAAGCUUCUGGAAGGCGAUCUGGCCAGGCUUGUAACGGGCCCUGAGGACAUCCACGCCCUGACCUUGGGGGCCUGUGAAGGUGUUGGCGGAACAGGCUCUGCUGUGCCAGGGCCACGGGUGCGGGCGGGCUCGCUCUGCCGUUCUUCACACGAUGGGUGCUGACAUGUCUUCCAGCCCGCGACCUCGCCAGCUGCUCCUCAGAGGUGAGCCGCGUCCCUGUCUGUGAGUACAAAGGGUGGAGACCCAGCUUGACCUCCGAGCCCCGGUGCCUCUUCUGGGAAGGCGACACAGCCAUCCCACGUCUCUCCACGGUCCCCUCGAGGAUGAGAAGCACCACUUCGGGGCGGCAGCGCCCUGCUGUCCUGGCUCCCGUGUCCCACCCCUCGGCACAGGGGCAGCCGCAGCCGGGACUCUGGCCUGCGGCCAAGACCCCGACAGCGGUGGCAGGGCUGCCGCGUGAGCGCUAGGACCUGUGAGCCCUGUCUGUGCAGACGCGUCGCCCACGGCUGCGCCUGGGGACCCUCUGCGCAGGGCUCCGUGUCCCCGGGCGUCUGUCUGGGCCGCUGGGACCUCGCCCCACUCCUGUCUGCUGACAUCGAAGCAGCGCCUGUGCCUUGGCUCCGGGCGGCUUUCCAGGGGACGCUGCGACCGACAGGCAGAUGUGGAUCCAGGCGGCCCGGCUUCAUGUUUUUCUAAUAGGAAAUUUUAGACAAAUAACUGCAGAUUCAUAAAAAAUAACACCGACCCCAUGUGCCCUCCACGAUGAUCUCAUCUUACAAAGUCUGAAACAGAAAAUGGUGGCCAGGAUGUGGCCCAUCUGGCUUCACUUGUCACCGGGACCCUGUUCUGCCACACAGGGUGAUGUGGCGUUUUCGAGAGAAAGAUGUUUUUGAUCCAGCUCUGACUCUGAGGUCCAUCUGUCCAGCUUUACUGAUGCCUAGUACCCUUUAGAAAACCUGUAGUGAGGCUGGUAAGUCACCUCAAAGACUGAGUGGUCCAUCCAGGAGCCAGUCACCGGUCGCCUGAGGCCGAGUGUAUGUCACAAAAUGGCUGCAACUGCACCAUCCAUCUUUCACAUGUCUUACAGUGUGACCCUGACCCCAACCUAUCCAUCAAGAUGAGGGCUACGGUGCUUCUUAAUUCAAGUGGGCUUGUCACUGCGGAGGGAAUGAUGCUGUGUGAUACCCGAGAAUAACUCAGAAAUGGUGGUGGGGAAGCAUCCUGUGGCUCUUUUAAGCAUGCUUGUCCUGGAACUGUGCUCUCACAGGUAAGGACCCGCAGACUGGCCCAUGAAGAGGUCCCGUGGAGGUGCCGUGGACAGCAGCCAGCUCAGGCACAGAAAGCCAGCAGCUACUGCCGGACACGUGAGUGGACCACAGACUCACCCUGCCCUGGUGACAGAACAUCCCGCCCUGCCGAAGCCCCUACCCUGCCGGAACUGCAGACCUGGAAGAUGCUCGUUCUCUGCUGUUAAACUGAGGGUGUUUCCUUGUUUUGCAACAGGAACUGGAAGGCGACCCUCGGCUGCUCCCCAGGCACCCGCUGCAAACCACGCUCUGUGCUGGGCAGUGGGGAGGACUGGGCGGAGAGCCUGGUGCGGCCCCGCCCGCCCGGCACCACCUCGCCAGGGAACGAGAGAUCAUCGGAGCCCUGCUUUGCUCAUGCCCGGAUUUGUUUUUGUUUCUGUUUUAUUUUAUUUUUAAAGGAGGAGGAAACUUGGACUCCGUCCCCUCUGGGCUUUGAUGUGAUUGCCAAAUGAAUUAGCCAAAAGUA